CACCCAUCCUCUCUUCCAUCCUAGGGUAUGGCCUUUACCCUUGAAGAGAGGCUCCAGCUGGGAAUACAUGGUCUUCUUCCACCUUGCUUCUUGAGUCAAGAUGUUCAAGUUCUCCGAGUCCUCAAAAGCUACGAGACCAAAUCCAAUGAUCUAGACAAAUACAUCAUCCUUAUGACUCUGCAGGACAGAAACGAGAAACUGUUUUACCGGGUGCUCACAUCUGACAUAGAAAGAUUCAUGCCAAUAGUGUACACUCCUACGGUGGGAUUGGCUUGUCAGUUGUAUGGCCUAGCUUUCAGACGACCUCGUGGGCUAUUCAUUCCAUAGGCAGCAUGAUGUUUU